AUGAAUGCGAAGAGGAGCAAGAAAAACGGUGUACCAGCUUCAGGGGAUUAUUCCAACGAGGAAGAAGCUUAUAAUGCCAUUUUUAGCGGAGAUUUCGGGUCGCUCGAAAUUGGCAAUUAUAUUGGCCCCAGUGAGAAUCAGACGGAACAUUUGCCCGACGCAAUCGACUUCGAAGAUGAGGAUGAACUAGCGGAUGAAGAGUUGCCGGAAGAAGAGCCUCGUGGUCAAAGAGAUAGGAAUCUAGAGGCUAAUGAGAAUUACCUGGAUAUGAUUCACAAUGAGAGCAACCUGGCUGACGAAACGAAUGACUACGAGAAUAAAAACAACACCCUUUUCAUGGACAUGGAAAUACACGACGGGUUUUUACCCGAAGAGCAAGGCGUUUAUGAAGAUUUUGAUCAUACCCACCACCAGUAUGAGCAGGAUGAACAGCAGAAGCAAAGAAAUCGCGAGAUGGAAGAAAAGGAAAGAAAGGAGUCCUUGAAGUAUUAUUUCCCCAAGUUCCAGAAAGGCAAAGUGUUACGGCUCACGAGCGUUGUACCGCGGCAAGUUGCUGACUACCAAUGGCAACGCGAACUAUAUCUUUCGGCAAAACAGUUCAAACCUAUGAUUCCCUUAAAUGUGAAGCUUGAAGUGCAAGCCGAUACCAGAAAGCUUCUCAGAGUCAAGGACAAAAGCUGGCAGCAGAUGGGCAAAUCUCAAAAACGGCGAAAGUUUGGAAUAGUUAAAGUAAGCUUUGACGAGCUAUAUCCAGAGGAACCCAAAAGACAAGAAAGCAAAAAGGAAAUUACCGAAGUUUCUGAAAAUUUCUUAUUAACUACAGAUGACUGGGAUUUCAACAAGAUCGUUGGUGAUAGCGAUGAUGAAAUGGGGAAAAUUAGUGCAGAAAUUGAUGUACGAUCUUCCCUGCGUAGUCAGUUGCCAUUCGAUCCUUCAAAAUGGAAUUGGACGGAAGAUGAUUUCGUAGAAGGAAAACUGGAUCAUGUAAAGGCAGCGUUGGAUAUGAACGACGAAAAAUUGCUGCUAGUGAAAAGUGCACAUCCUGCCAGCGCAGAUGCAGGUAAAGAAAAUCCUCUUCUCCCCUUCAAUGAGAAAACACUUUUUCAGAAGUUCAAUAUUUCCAACGACGACAAAUACAAGAUCCUAAAAGAGAAUUACCAAACCAAGAUUCGGUCCACAAUAUCGAAUUUGAGCAUCGAGCACUCACAACCUGCAACGCGACUUCAAUCUCCCUUUUACAAAGUGGCGCCAUCAAAAUAUCAAAUGCGACAUUUCCAUAGGCCGAAUUUUGGGUCAAAUAUACGUCCUGGUACCAAUAUCGUUUUCAGCCGUUUGAAGACCCGCAAGCGUAAGAAAGAUAAAGGAAAAGACAUCAAACAAAUAUUUGCAAGGAGUCAAGAUCUUACUGUCAGUGACAGUGCACCAAUUUUUUUGAUGGAAUACUCAGAGGAAAACCCAAUAUCUCUCUCGAAAUUCGGUAUGGGCAGUAAGCUCAUCAAUUACUAUCGCAAGACAGAUGAUAAGGAUGUUUUUAGGCCAAAGUUGCCCGUCGGAGAGACGCAUGUGCUGGGUGUACAAGACAAAUCACCUUUUUGGAAUUUUGGGUUCGUUGAGCCCGGUAACGUCGUGCCGACUCUGUAUAACAAUAUGGUGAGAGCUCCCGUUUUUAAACACGAUGUUUCCGGAAUAGAUUUCUUGCUCAUUAGAAGCUCAGGUAAUGGAAUGGGGAACCGAUUCUACCUUAGAAACAUCAAUCAUCUCUUUACCGUGGGACAGACGUUCCCUGUAGUUGAGGUUCCUGGGCCCAAUUCAAGAAAAGUGACCUCGCUGGGGAAAAAUAGACUUCGUAUGAUCGUUUACCGCAUAUUAAACAAAUCACCGGAGCGUAGACUUUUAGUCAAACAAGUGGCGCGUCAUUUUCCUGAUCAAAAUGAUAUGCAAAAUCGUCAGCGUCUAAAGGAGUUCAUGAAGUAUCAAAGAGAUGGUGAUGAUCAUGGCUUCUGGAAAUUGAAAGAAACGGAAAUUCUACCUGACAAUGAAAAUGUCAAAAAAAUGAUUGUUCCCGAAGAUGUCGCGCUCGCAGAAUCGAUGUUUCAAGGCCAGCAAUACCAGGAGGAUAACGAAACCUACAAUUUUGACGAAAAGCUCCGGAAGCUGGAGGAAAAUCUUAUACCGUGGAGCGUUUCAAAGAAUUUCUUGAAUGCAACCCAAAUGCGGGCCAUGGUGCAAAUUCACGGGGCUGGUGAUCCCACGGGAUGCGGAGAGGGAUUUUCUUUUUUGAAAACCUCAAUGAAGGGCGGGUUCACUCGAUCAGGUCCCGAUUCCCAACCAAAUGAAAAGCUUACAGGACACAGCUAUAACGUCGCGCAACAGCAAAAGGCGUAUGAUGAAGAGAUCAGCAAAACGUGGUACACACAGGCGAAAACUUUAAGAGUUACCAACCCAUUUGAGGAAAUGGAUGAUCCGGACAUCACUAACAAGACGCACAAAAGAGUCAAAUUAUUCAGAGACGAUCAUAAAGUGUUAAGACUCACGCGGAAAAAGAGAGACGAAAACGGCAUUAUUCAACGCCAAACUGUAAUUAUAAGGGACCCCAGAGUUAUUCACGGAUAUUUGAACGCUUAUGAAAAGAAGAGAAUGGAAGCAGAGGCAAAUCUUGGCCUGGAAGAAUUAAUGAGCGAUAAUAUUGAUUUGGUUGCGGGCGAGAACUCGGAGGAAAAACAAUUGAAACGCAAAAAGCUUCUUGAAGAAGAGCUCGCUAGAUUACAGAAAUCCCAGGAGAGAAGGCAAGCGAGGAAAUUGGCUAAAGAAAAGACUAAAGAUGGCAAAGUCACCAAAAACAAGCAUACAAAUCGGCGAUGCGCUACUUGCGGUCUCGUGGGCCACAUAAGAACUAACAAAACUUGUCCGAUGUACAAUGGCGGAAUACAAAACGCAGGCAGAACGACACCGGCGUCUGCAGAGCAGGCGCCGUCCGUUUCUCCACCAGAAACAUAA